GCCGAGGCUGGCGCGACACCGCGGCGGGAGCAUGGAGGAGCUGCUGCGGCGGGAGCUGGGCUGCGGCUCCGUCAGGCCCACUGGCCACUCGGGAGGCGGGUGCAUUAACCAGGGCCAUAGUUACGACACCGACCGAGGACGAGUGUUUGUGAAGAUGAACUCCAAGGCGGAGGCCAGAAGAAUGUUUGAAGGUGAGAUGGCAAGUCUGACUGCCAUUCUGAAAACGGACACAGUGAAAGUGCCCAAGCCCAUCAAGGUUCUCGAUGCCCCAGGAGGCGGGAGUAUGCUAGUGAUGGAGCAUUUAGACAUGCGCUCUCUAAGCAGUCAUGCUGCUAAACUUGGAGCCCAACUUGCAGAUCUACACCUUGAGAACAAGAAGCUUGGAGAGAGCCUCCUGAAAGAGGCUGGCACUGUGGGGAAAGGAAGAGGGCAGGUGGAACGGCUCUUUGUGGACCAGUUUGGGUUUGAUGUGGUGACAUGUUGUGGCUAUCUUCCCCAGGUGAAUGACUGGCAGAAGGACUGGGUUAUGUUCUACACUCAGCAGCGCAUUCAGCCCCAGCUGGAUAUGGUGGAGAAGGAGUCUGGGGACCGGGAGGCCCUGGAGCUCUGGUCUGCUCUGCAGCUGAGGAUCCCCGACCUGUUCCGUGAUCUGGAGAUUGUGCCGGCCUUACUCCAUGGAGACCUCUGGGGAGGGAAUGUAGCAGAAGACUCUUCUGGACCCAUCAUUUUUGAUCCAGCUUCUUUCUAUGGCCACUCAGAAUAUGAGCUGGCAAUAGCUGGCAUGUUUGGUGGCUUCAGUAGCUCCUUUUAUUCUGCCUAUCACAGCAAAAUUCCCAAGACCCCUGGAUUUGAGAAACGCCUAAAGUUGUAUCAGCUCUUUCACUACCUGAAUCAUUGGAACCAUUUUGGAUCAGGGUAUAGAGGGUCCUCCCUAAACAUCAUGAGGAAUCUCAUCAAAUGAGUUGUCUUUCCUCUAGACGGAGGUAUCUUGAGGAGUAUACCAAGGCCUCAAAGUCAGGGGCACCACACUGUAAGCAGUGUGGCCAGAACCUCUUGUUUCUACACAGUCUCUUUCCUGUUUUCCACGUGGCUGGAUUUGUGGAAGAUCAAGCAGUGGCUUUGCUUUGAACCUUAUAAAGUAUGUAAAUCUCAGGAAAGGCCAUGAGGUCCUGACCUUGAUCACCUUGUUAGGUGCUUGGCUGCUUAAGGCCACACUGUCCAUGUAAACAGAAGACUGUGUAGCCAUACUCGGCUUCAAAGGUAGAGAACUGAGUGAAGUGUGGGCAUUGUGGAGGGUGUCCAGCGUGCAGGAAAGUAGCCAGGGUACCCAUGUACCUCUUCCUGCCCCUAUAUCCAGCAUCAUUUGAGUUGCCAUGAUGCUUCAUGAUGCUGUAGAGUUGAGUCCAUAUGGAGCUGUCUUACUAGAAGUUUUAAUAAUGGUCAGUUCCAGAAUCAAGCACAUUCCUUUUCUUUGCGCGUCCUUCACAAGGCUUCUGCAGGCUGAGCAGCUGAGUAGAUCUGGAGACUUGAGUUGGGGACUGACCCUGCUGCCAGCCUUUGGGAAAAUUGGAUUAAUUUAAGAGCCUUCAAUAGUUUCUGUAUUGCCCCCAACUUGUUUGUUUAUUGAAGCUUAAUGAAUUGUCAUUCCUUUAAAACAUACAAAAUGAACAUUGAAAUAAUUUUAUUUUCUAUCUUUUAGCAUUAUAAGAAUAAGAAGUUUGAAUGGCAUUGAUGCUACUAAAUCACUUUGUCCAAAAAUUUUAAUAAACUCAGUGAUUUCAUUGAUGCA